AUGUCGGGUUCUAAAGCUACCGGUGCCCUCGUGACCCUCACACCUCCCAAGGAUGAUGGCAGCGCAUGGCAGCUCAAACAAGUCGAUAUGGAUAAUUCUUUGUCCUCUGAAGACCAAGCUAACCGCCGUGCAAUUGACUGGUGUUUUGGUCCGCUUUGGCUCACCGGAUAUGUUGAUGAGAACACCCUUGAUGUCGGUAUCAGUCCCGUGAUUACUGGUAUCAACGCUGGCAACAUCACUGGAAAUCUGAAGGACGGUGUUGCCGUCAAUGUCGAUUUGACUACCACCAAGGGCGAGACUAGACUGUACCUGAAGAACGGAAAUGAAGUUUGGGUUGGCCUUAAUCUCAAGAUUAUCUUCAAUGGACAUUAUGAGAGGGACUAUAAGAUUAUUCAAUUAUAG